CUUUCUGCUGUAGUUUCUUCAGCUUUUGGUUUUCGUUUUGAGGUUUUUGUUAUGUUUUAAAGAGAUUUUGCUUGAUGAUGCGAUUGCUGCGUUGUAAAAAGAAGUUGGAUGUUUUACUUUCAAGAGGAACAAGGUUCAGUCAUAGAAUCAUGUCUACUCACCUGGAAAGAACAGAAUCAUCAUCCAGAGAUCAGAAUGUUUUCUCUGCUGAAGUAACAAAGAUAAAUCCACUGUCAAAAAGUGUAAAACAAUUGAAUUUAAAAAUAAUUGACAAGUCUUUUUAUUUCAAGCCAGGUCAAUGGGUAGAUUUCUUUAUACCAGGGCUGUCCACAGUUGGAGGUUUUUCUAUUUGUUCAAGUCCAAAGUGUCUGCAACAGAAUAAACAACUUACUCUAGCUGUCAAGUACAGUACACAUCCUCCUGCUCACUGGGUCCAUACACAGUGUAAAACUGGGGACAAAGUCCAGAUUCGUGUUGGUGGAGACUUUUACUUAGACCUUUCCAAACCUUAUGGUGAUCAGUCUAGGGAAGAUAUUUUGCUCAUCGCAGGAGGAGUUGGGAUUAACCCUUUGUGGUCCAUGAUGCAGUAUGUUGCUGAUACUAUCACAGAGUCUCCAACAGUUUCAUUUGGAAGGACAUCACUUCUUUACAGUGCUAGCACUAAUGACGAGCUGCUCUUUAAGGAUGCCAUCAUUGACACUUGUAAUCAACAUCCUCUCAUGGACUGCAAGUUUUUUAUAACAUCAGAUGAAAUCACAGAUCAAAAUCAGAUUUUGUAUAAUAACAAAUUUACUCAAGGUUACCGAAUAACAAAAGACACAUUAAAGAUGGCCCUAACUCAGCUGAACACUAGUAGAGUCAAAGUGUUCAUUUGUGGACCACAACCAAUGAUAGAAUCCAUGGUAGCUACCCUUCUAGAACUUGGUGUUGAUAUCAACAAUAUUCACUUUGAGAAAUGGUGGUGAUCAGAAAGCAUCAUUUUGCCAUAGCUACUGCAGUCUUGGAUACAUGUACAUGGUAAUUGGUCAUAUUACGCACAAUGGUUAUAAUUAGGAAUCUGGAAAAUGAUGCAUGAUGGUCACAUCUACUGGUAAUCAUCAAUAAUUCCAUGACGGUCUGCAGGACGUUCUCUAUUUGAAACAAAUUGAAUUGCAUCUUGUGGUAGCCUGCUUAGCCAGGUGCUCCUUUUGUGUAGUUGGGGAGUCAGGGUGGGGGAGUCAGGGUCGGGGAGUCAGGGUUGGGGAGUCAGGGUUCGGGAGUCAGGGUUGGGAAAUAUUGGGGUGCUAAUCUUGCAAUUGUUUUUAGUACAAAUUAGCAGAAAAACUUUUCAAUAUUUCUCCCUUUUGAUAGAACAAUCUUUCCGCUCACCCAGUCCCCUUAAAUGGGUCCUGAUACAGAAGGUGUACCCUUAAAAUUAGGUCUACCUUUUCCACCCAGGUAUCUUUAAGAGCCUGACAUAUUACAACUGUUGCUCAGUUUUUAUUUAAAGAUAUACACAAUCAUCGUACAUUUAAUCUUUGAAUAAUUAUGCUAUUACAGUACUACUACAUCAGCCAAGGCCACCCAAACAAGUUUUCAAAAAAAAAAAAAAAAUCAAAUUUGCUGAAUCGCAUUGUGACGCUGAACAACAGGAUAAUGGCGACACAAACAUAAAGUAAAAUAUUAUGAUUGCAAAAAAAUCUGAAAAUUUGUGUAGUCAUUCUGACUAUUGUUUAAAUAUUAGAUCGUGAUUGGCUAAUUUGUAUGAAAAUUUGUUUGUGUAUCCUUGAUUGGUGUAGUCACACUGUAGAAAUUAUUUAUAGAUCUGUAUCAUAAAAAAAUCAAUUUCACAAACAAAUUGGUCUCAUGGUAUAAGAUCUUCUUUUUAACAAGAUUUUCUUUUUUCAAAUAUCCUUUGAAUUUAAACUCUUUAAGCUGUUAUCAUCAUAUAACUCAGCCAGCUCUAAAAGCCGAUUAAAGGUGUGAUAAAGUUUCAUUAUUCAAAGGAAUGGUCAAUGCUUGGUGUUGUUCGUAUAUUCAGUUCUGAAUGCAUGCAGGGGGUAUAUAUAACUCUAGCUUCCUAAAAGAAACUUAAAAGCAACCUCCCCAGCUCAUCCAGAACUGGAUAUAUGCACAACUAAGCUUUGAUCAUUGUUCUAAAGACUGCAAAAAAAUAUUAUUUGUUGUUUAAAAAAAUUCAUUUUUGUUUUAACAUAAUCUUCAUAACAUGGCAUGUGCUACUCAAUCACACCAGCAUGCACCAUCCAUUUUUGGAUGCAAGCUCGUGAACUCUAUUUAACCAAUCAGAGUGUGUGCUACAUCGUGGCUAUGUUAUAAAUGUUUGAUUAAAAAAAUAUUCGAAAAAUGUGGAUAAAAUAUAUGCAGUAGAAUGAAAUUAUAAAUUACUUUUGUCUUUUCUGUUGAGAAUGUGCUAAUAAAGUCAACACAUUAAUGAA